GUGGUAUUUCUGUUUACCGCCCUCGAAAUGAAUGCGUUAUUUAAAGGGACUGGUGUGCACGCCGACUCCUCCUGCCAUAAGCAGACGAACAGUAGCCACCACUCAAGGUUUAAACCGGCUCAGUUGGCAGACUGUCAGAUUUGCAGGAGAGGAUUUUUUUUUGGCUAAUUUAAUCGGAGCACAUUAUCGGGGGGAGGGGGUCGGAGAAGGACUCCCAACCAAAAAUACCAGCAACAUCGUUAGCUUUCGAGGGCUACAGCGGCCUAGCGUGUGUAAUAAACGGUGAAAAUGAGUGACCCCAGCGCCAAGGGCAACCAGGCCGCCUCUCAGAAAGACAAGGGCGGAGCCGAGAAGAGGGGGCGAGGGAGACCCCGAAAACAGCCCAAGGAGCCCAGUGGGUCCCCGACCCCAAAGAGGCCCAGGGGCAGGCCGAAGGGCAGCAAAAACAAGACCGCCGGCAAGAGCAAAAAAGCCACCGGGACUCCAGCGGAGAAGCGCAGGGGGAGACCUAAGAAGGAGGAGAAAGAGGAGCAGGGAAACAAGGAGUCUUCUGACGAAGAGGAGGAGGAGGCCGAAGAUCAGUAAUGGGCAGUUACUACCUCAUCACUCAUUAUGCUGACUUCCUGUCAACUACAACUGGACUGAAGCACCAAAUCUGUCACCCACCCACCCCACCCCUUCCCCAACCCCACCACCAUCCGGUUCUCAGCCCCAUACACCCUCUACCUCAGAGAGGGCGGUGUGGAGGUCAUGCCAGAUACUUGCAAUGGCACUGGAAUGAAAUUUUAUAUCUAUAUAUAUAUAUAAAUAUAAAUAUAUGUAUGUAUGUGACAUAUAUACAUAUAUAUGUGUGUGUGAGUGAUUAUAGUCUGCAUAUCCAUAUUUAUGUAUCUAAAGGAAAGUGGAAAGAAUAGCGACUGCCCGUUCCAUUUUCUGACGGGUUUUGAAAUUCACAAACGGUGGUCUUUUGUACUGGACAAAUUUACAAUUUAAAUUUUUUAUUUUUCUCCCUCUUUUUUUUUUUUUUUUUUGGCGUGUAUGCGUGUUGCGUGGCAGUAGGAGAGAGAUCGCUCUCUUGUGCCCACUUGAGUUGGGUUGGCGGUGUAUUAGUGUAGUGUAGUGUUAGGAGUGCUCCCGCCCUGUCUCACAGUGUACUGUUUUAGUAGGUGUUGACUUUUUUUCCCACGUUGUGUAGCUCCCCGCUCCUGCUCCCUCCGCCCAGUUAGGUCCGUGUGGCUGUGUAUGACAGUGGCAUCUGCUAUCUUUUUAACGGGGGGCUCGUUAUCCCGGCAGUCUGGUUUGAAAAAGUGUGCUGAACAGAAACAUUCCCAGGGUAAGCUUUUGUGGUGCUUUAGCCGUAGGUUAACUCCUCAACAACCAAACCUUCUGCCGUUCAUUUUUAAAAAGCUUUCAGGCUAGGUCUUAUCUGUGUCACAUUGUUGUUUUAAAUCAAGGUCUGUACCGACGGGGACUGUUAUGUGUACUUGUGUUCAGUGUGGUGAUGCUGCUAUUUGCUGUUUAACAGACAGGGGGCGCUCUGUCCUCCGGUGUCCAUCUCUCUCUCUCUGUUGAUCGUGUGGUCCAAGCUCCAACAGACGUCCAUGUGUAUUGGGUACAUUUCCCUCCCCCCCCCAACACCGGUCCAGGAGUGUCCAACCCACGGUACUUGCCAACCUCAACUGUCAUUAGCACAGCUCGCAUUCAAAACAGUGUGCUAUAGCCGACGGCGUCGUUGAGGGGCGUGUUCAGUGACCCCUCCGCAUUUGACAGGAAAACGGUUCACAGAAACGACUUGGCGGACUGGCGAAGCUUGAUCAAUCACGAAAACGCGGAGAAGGGUGGAUGGCUGUUUCCAUGCAAUGGCAGACAGUCCUGGGAGAGUUUUUUUUUUUUUUUAAACCAGGAAUGCUGCUUUUCGAAAAUUGUUUUUUCAGUGUGUUGUACUUUGUUUUUUUGUGGGAGUUUUUUCGUGUUUUUUUUGGGGGGGGGGGUUUGGGGGAGGAAGGGUGGGGGUGGGGGUGGGGGGUUGUUUGUGUACUUCAUGUCCGAUUACUGCUGAUCGGGGACCCCGUUCAUUGGGGUCUCUCUCCAGGACUCUCGUGCUGCUACCGCUCACUUGUUAGCCAGUGUACUGCUAGGGGGGGCCGGCCCUCACUGCCCGCCCCCCCCCCCCAAAAAAACUGCUUACCUCACUCUAACGGCCGACUCAAACCGUCUUACGUUCAACCGGUUCCACGCGACCUCUGGGAAGAGGAAGGACAACAGGCACCUGAAUGUUGGGGCGAGCGUCUUUUCACUGUUCGUAGGGACUUUUUUUUGAUCUGUUCGGUAGUUCAGACUUUAAAAUGUGUUUGGUUCCUUUUUUAAAAAACACUUGUUGGGUUUUAAAAAGAUUUCCGGGUUGGCUGGUUGUAACACUGUGCGCCCGCACGCACACACACACACACACACACACACAAAGAAAAAAAAACUGGGCCAGGUUUCUGGAAGUGUGGCUUCGUAAGCAAAAGGCCCCCUAACUGCUGAAUCUUAGGACUCAGUAGGUUGAUGUCAGGGAGAACCCAAUAACUUUUCAGCUUUUUUUUUGUUUUGUAAACCUUCACUGACUGUGAUAGUGGUGCAGUUUUUUUAAACAUGUUUUCUGUGGUGCACUGAAAUGUAUUGCAGGUGUGUGUGUUUGUUCAUUAGAGUUAGCGUUGACAAUGUUUAUCCUUAUAGAUGAGAUGGUAGCCAUGGUUCAUGGGAAGCUGGUGUGUUGCAGUAGGUCUUUUCUUGCUCUUUCCAGUAAUUUUACAUAAUGUAAUAAAUGGCCACGUAACAUCUG